GUCAAAAAGAGUGUUGACACGUGUCAGAACAUUCUGUAGUGUUUUUAAGUGAAUUCUUUUUUUUUAGCAAUUAGCAAACAAAACGUAAUCCGGACGACGACGACAACUGACCGGUUAGAAUUUAGCAUCGCAGCGGCAGCAGAAAGAGGCGAGGCAGUAGAGUUCGUCAAUAAAAGAACAGCGCAGCGAAGCAAAGGGGCGACGAUACGAAUCCGCGGACUAGAGCCACCAGCCAACAGCAGCUGUUUCGUGGCACCGGACUGGACCGGACGGGAGCGAUCCAAAGUAACAUAGGCGCAGAUUCCAAACGCAAUACCCAAUACCAAAAAGACGGCCAUGGCCCAAAGUCGAAGCCACCGCACACAGAUUCUGCUCACCUUGGGCGCCUUGGUGGCCCUGCUACAGUGUAUCGCCGCUGUGGAGUUCACCUUCGACCUGGCCGACAAUGCGGAGGAUUGCUUCUACGAGGAGAUCAAAAAGAACUCCAGCGCCUACUUCGAGUUCCAAGUAUCCGCCGGUGGUCAGCUGGACGUGGACGUGACGCUGAAGGAUCCGCAGGGCAAGGUCAUCUACAAGCUGGAGCGGGCUACGUUCGAUAGCCACCAGUUCACGGCGGAGAUAACGGGCGUAUAUACGGCCUGCUUCGGCAACCAAUUCUCAGCUUUCUCGCACAAAAUCGUCUACGUGGACUUCCAGGUGGGCGAGGAGCCGGCGCUUCCGGGCGUCGACGAGCAUGCCACCGUGCUUACCCAGAUGGAGACCUCAUCGCAGGCGAUUCACAAGGGCCUCAACGAAAUUCUCGAUGCCCAGACGCAUCAUCGGCUGCGCGAGGCGCAGGGACGCAAGCGGGCCGAGGAUCUUAAUCAGCGCGUGAUGGUGUGGUCGUCGCUGGAGACGGCCGCCGUCGUACUCAUCGGUCUCGUCCAAAUCCUGGUGCUGCGCAACUUCUUUACGGACCGCAAGCCCAGCCAGGCGCACUACGGCCGUCUGUAAGGGCCCGAUCAGAAGUCUGAGCAGCAAGGCGCAGGGAGGAAGGAGCAAUGAGAAGCAGUAGUUGGACUCGGAGCGCCGCAUCUCUUAUUUUAAUUAUUUUUUUUUUCGGUGUUCCUUUAGAACGCUCUGCGUUGAUAUAUAGAAGAGCUCACGUUGUCAAUAUCUCUUUCUCCGCUCCUAUAUCUGCAACGUAUUCAUUCCCACUCCCCCACGGGCAGUUUCUUUUUUUCUUUUUGGUGUUAGCCGGCCCCGAUCCAACCUACCUACCGACAUGUAAAAUCUUUUUGAUGAGACCCCGCAACCCGGAAACAGAAUGAAUGUUUUUUUUUCUACAUUAAAUACAUGCAAAAGCAACCAUAACUCGAUAGCUAAAAGUAAA